GUACGAACAGAUUAGAUUACGCGAGUUCGAGUAUAUAAGUUGGUGGUGAUGGGGUGGGUGUAAAUUACGUUGAAAUUAUUUAACAAAAUUUACUAAUUUAGAACCAAGAUAUGAGUCAACAUGAUAGUGACAAGGAUCCGUGGGAAAGGUUUUUAAGCUGUGAUUCAGGAGAUGAGCACCAGCUAUUCGAUCAAACUACUGAACCAAGAUUUUACAGAACUUAGCCAUACUAGAUGGUUCGAUGUCACUGUUUUCAUCUCUUCCCAAUCACACUCUCCUCUCAGCGGCUUGCCUAAACAGGAAUCCUUUUCUCCCAUUUUCUUCUUCUUCUUCUUCAUUAUCAUCGCAUACAGAUCAAAAUCUUGUUUCCUCAGCCGUGUCAAUUGUCAAGCACCACCGCUCAAAGUCACGGUGGAGUCAACUCCGCGCUCUUCUCAACCCUACAAGUGGCUUCACACCUUCCCAGGUAUCAGAGAUCAUACUUCAAAUCCGCAACAAGCCCCACCUUGCCCUUAGCUUCUUCCUCUUCACCAUCCGCCACUCUUUGUGUUCCCAUUCCCUCUAUUCUUACACCACCAUCAUCCACGUGCUCUCUCGCUCUCGCCUCAAGUCCCAAGCAUCGACCCUAAUAAAAUCUGCUCUCAGCAAGUUUCCUGACACACAUUCAUCAGACCCGCCUCUUCUUUUUGAAGCUCUGGUAAGAACAUACAGACAGUGUGAUUCUGCUCCGUUUGUGUUUGAUUUGUUGAUCAAUGCUUGCUUGGAUUCAAAAAGAACUGAUCAAUCCAUUGAGGUUCUCAGAGCAUUGAAGUCCAAGAAUCUCUAUCCAAACGUCACCACCUGCAAUUCUCUUGUCAAGUUGGUUUCCAAAACACAUGGGUGCUGUGCAGGUUAUGAUAUGUACAGAGAGAUAUUUCUUUGUGGGGAAGAAAAUGGGAAGGGGGUUAGACGUGUUACUCCUAAUGCAUCUACAUACAGUGUUUUAAUGCUUGGGUUCCAUAGAGAGGGGCUCGUGGAUAAGGUGGAGGAGGUUUGGAAGGAAAUGGUGGAUAUGAACUGUAAACCGAAUGCGUAUAGCUACAGUGUGCUUAUGUCAGCAUUGAUUGAUGAUGGGAGGAUGGAGGAUGCGAUGAGAAUAUGGGAGGAGACAGGUGAAAAUGGUGUGAAGCGGGACCUAGUUUCUUACAACACUGUCAUUGGCGGUCUAUGUGAGGCCGGUGAGAUUGAGAAGGCUGAAGAGAUUUUCAGAGAGAUGGUGAUGAGUGGGGUGGAGAGUACAAGCACCACUCUUGAACAUUUGAUCAUAGGUCACUGUAAGAGGGAGAAUCUUGAUUCAGCUCUCCUCUUGUAUAAGGAUCUAUGUCGUAACUGUUUUAAGCCUGAGGGUAGAACAGUAAAUGCACUUGUUAGGGUAAUUUGCACUAAAGGUAGAGUCUUUGAGGCAAUGGAGCUUCUGAGAAGUUUGGUAAAGAAGCAUGAUAUUGUUCCGAUGGAGGAAACAUAUGAAACUCUUAUAAUUGCUUUGUGUCAUGAAGGGAAGAUGGAAGAAGCUCUUGGAGUUCAGGUGGAGAUGGUGGGAAAAGGAUAUGAAGCUACCAAGGAAAUAUAUAGCUCUUUCAUUGAUGGAUUCUUGGAACAAGGGAAUAAUGAAAUGGCUGAAAGGUUGAGGAAGGAAAUGCUUGAUUGUUUGCAACUGGAAUCGCCAAAUGAAUGAGAAAUAUACUCUGUAUUAUUUACCAUCUGAAGCUUCAAUUGCAAUUCUCCUAUCCAAGCAGACAACACCUUUUGAUUCCAAACAGCUGUUGUAAUUCACCACCGCUUCUUGCACUUCUUCCAGGAAGAGGACAUUCAAGACAUGCGAGCAAGAUAAAUGCGUGAGAAGAGAAGAGAAGACAGGGACCUUUGUUACAAGCACAAGAGAAGGGUAUUAUCUUUCAUACUUUCUACCUAUAGAUAGUAGUUUAACUUGCAAAAUGUAAUGUUUUUGUUCGAAAAUGACAGCUUCCGACUUCUCUCAUUAUCUCAUACUCCGUAUUAUAAAGUAAUAUGGGCUUUAUAAUCAUAUAACCAUUGUAUAAAGAUCUUAUAUUUUCAUGUCUAAUAAUGGAGACCCUAGCGCAUUUUCAUUAGAAGAAUGGUGAGAUAGUUUACCAACAUUGUUU